AGUUUCCAGUGGAGAAAGUGCUGAAAUUAGACUUCAGAAAAGAUAUUUUAUAGACGAAGGAAUUACAUGUAAUGCUUUAGAAGAAGCAUUUAUGAGGUGCAAAGAGAGAGAUGACGUCUACAAGCUAGCUCUUGUUUACUUUGCUGAGUUAGUGGUUUUGGGAAGGGACAAGCAUUUGAACAUCAAUGUAAAUUACCUGACCCUUGUAGAGGACUUGGAUGCGUUCAACAGGUAUCCGUGGGGUUCGGUGUCGUUUGACAAAACCCAAGACAGUCUAUUUUCUGCACCAACAAAGUAUAUGAAAAGCUUUGAAAAUGAAGAGGGAAGAGAGAAGGGGAAAAGUAGGGUAACGGGAACAAGCCGGAAAAAUGAGAAGGGCAAGAAGCAUAAGCAUGGUGAAGUGCAAAGGGGUGGGUGGAGUUUUAAAGGUUUCACGUAUGCUUUCCAGAUUUGGGUAUAUGAAUUAAUUCCUAGAAUGGUGGACCUGAAUUACUGCAAGGUUGUUGAUCCAACAGCUGUCCCGCGUAUUUUGCGAUGGAGAACGACUACGUCUAUGCCCGAGAUGAGGAAGUUGAACAAUUAUUUUUUCCAGAGCAAAGAGUCAGUUCAAUUGCGGGCGCUACGUCCGAGUGAAGAGGAAAUGAGACAAUCAUAUUGGAGUUGGCCACAGGAUCGCCCUGCUGUUGUCUCGGCAUAGUCAAUUCCUUCUUCAUGUGCUGAUCUUGAUGAGUUGAACAAGCUGGUAAGCUUGUUGAGGUCCGAGUUGUUUCAAGUAAAGUGGGAAAAUGACGUCCUUGAGUUAAAGGUCAUACGGAUGGAAAACCUUUUGGACCACUGUUUAGGUCCUCAGUUUGAGCAGGAAGUAAGGAGGGACCUAGCUUUACUAAAAGAGAGGACGAAUCGUUGUGCCAUCUCACAUCUAUUUAAGGGAUCUGACGAAAUGGAUGAUAGUGAAUGGGAUGAAGGGCCAAGUAACAGAUAUGAGGGAGAGGAAAAGAACGAGGAGGGGAUUGAAGGGGGUGAAGUGCAUAGAAAACCAAGUGAGGUAGAGGAAGCGCAAAGGAAAAGAAGAGAGGGAGAGCAAGUGAAAAUAAAAAGCAGCAAGGGAGAGGAAGCGCAAAGAAAGAGCAGUGAGGGAGAGGAAGUGAAAAGAAAAAACAGUGAGGGAGAGGAACUGCAAAGAAAAAGCAGUGACGAAGGGGAACUGCAAAGAAAAAGCAGUGAUGGAGAGGAUCCGCAAA